AUGACAGUGUUGCAGAGUAGCCGCUUGCUCCCGGGGGUUUUGCUGCGGCCGCUCUGCGCCCUUCUGCUGCUGCUGCUGGUGAGCGGCACUCCCGCUUGCCGGAGGGACGCUGAGCUGCCCUGCCAGAUCCUCAAGCGCAUCGGGCGCACGGUGCGCCUAGGCGCGGUGCUACUGCUGCCGCAGCAGCAUCCCGGACCCCCGCCGCUGCCCGGCCCCGUCAGGUCAGGGGCCGCCCGCGAUGCCUUGCUUCAGGCCGUGCGGCGACUCAACGCCCGGGCGGCGGAGCUGCUGCCUUAUAACCUGUCGGUCGAGCUGGUCAUGGGCAUGGAGACGGGCCUGGGGGAGUUGCCGGCCUUCGGCGUGCCGCCGGCCUCUCGCCGCGACCCGCAGUCCUUCCUGGAGAGCGUCUGCCGCACGGUGGUGGUGCAAGGGGUCAGCGCCCUGCUGGCCUUCCCCCAGAGCACCGGGGAGCUGCUGCAGCUGGAGUUCCUGUCGUCCACCAUCCAGAUCCCGGUGGUCAGCAUCGUGGGCAAGCAAUACCACAGGCAGUCCAAGAAUCCCUUCCAUCUGCAGAUGAGCCUUGAAGCUUCUCAUCCUACCUAUGCGGAUAUACUUAUCUUUCUCCUGACAACGAAUAGGUGGUAUGAUGUCAGCCUAGUUUUGUGCAAAGAAUGGAACGUAACCAACUUUCUCAGUCUUUUAUAUAACAACUCCAAGUUUCACCUUGGAACUAUUUUCAAUAUUGCUUCGGACAAUGAUGAUGUUAACUUUGUAAAUUAUUUGCAAGACUACUUGGACACAGUCAAAGAGGCGCCAUUGUCCAUUGUCACUUUCGGCUGCGGCAUUGAACAUUUCCAAAAGAUUUUUCAGCUAGCGGCCAACUAUGGAUUAAAGCUGCCGGAACACCACUGGAUUCUAGGUGACUCUCAGAAUGUGGAAGAGUUAAGAACUGAAGGCUUGCCCAUGGGUCUCUUGGCCCAUGGUAAAACGACACAGCCAGUUUUCCAUAAUUAUGUGCAGGAUGCAGUGGAGUUAAUAGCCAGAGCCGUGGCUACUGCAACAUAUGAGAGGCCAGAACUGGCUCUUAUUCCAAGUACAACAAACUGUAUGCAUUGGGAAGAAAUGAAUAUAACAUCAGGCCAGUUUCUUUCAAGAUUUUUAGCAAACACAAGCUUCGAUGGCGUCUCAGGUUAUGUUAAAGUAACAGAUCCAUCUGUUAUCACUUCAGACAGCCAUUACUACAUCUGGAACCUACAGCUUGACCCCGUUGGGAAGCCUAUGUGGACACGUCUUGGGAGAUGGCAUGAGGGGAAAAUUGUCAUGGACCACGGGAUUUGGCCCAACAAGAUGCAGAAGCCAAAAAGCGGUGGCAGCCAAUCGUCUCGGCUGCAUCUAAGAGUAGUUACCCUUAUCGAACAUCCCUUUGUAUUCACACGCAAUGUAGAUGCGGAUGGCCAUUGCCCUGCUGGUCAGCUGUGCCUGGAUGCUCUUACAAAUGAUACCACCGUCAUCGAGGGUCUCUUUGAGAACUUAAAGUCAGGGAAUGAUUCCGUGCCAAUCGAAUAUAAAAAGUGCUGCUAUGGCUACUGCAUCGAUCUCCUUGAAAAGCUGGCAGAUGACAUGAGUUUUGAUUUUGACCUGUACAUCGUCGGCGACGGGAAGUAUGGUGGCUGGAAAAAUGGCCGCUGGACAGGGCUGGUCGGUGAUUUGCUCAGCCGUGCAGCGCACUUGGCCGUCACAUCUUUCAGCAUCAACUCAGCGAGAAGCAAGGUGAUUGAUUUCACCAGCCCUUUCUUCUCCACCAGCCUAGGCAUCCUGGUGCGGACUAGAGACACGACAGCCCCCUUCGGAGCUUUCAUGUGGCCGCUGCAUUGGUCAAUGUGGGUGGGGAUCUUUGUGGCUCUUCAUGUGACAGCAUUGUUUCUAACUCUGUAUGAAUGGAAGAGUCCUUUUGGAAUGACUCCCAAGGGGAGAAACAGGAAGAAGGUCUUCUCCUUUUCUUCAGCCCUCAAUGUCUGCUAUGCCAUUUUGUUUGGUAGGACAGCUGCCAUCAAAACCCCCAAGUGUUGGACAGGACGGUUCCUAAUGAACCUGUGGGCUAUAUUCUGCUUGUUCUGUCUAUCUACGUACACUGCUAAUCUAGCUGCGGUAAUGGUAGGGGAGAAAACCUACGAGGAGCUUUCAGGAAUUCAUGAUCCUAAGUUCCACCACCCAUCCCAAGGUUUCCGUUUUGCAACUGUCCGGGAAAGCAGCGCUGAGGAUUAUGUGAAGAAGAGUUUCCCAGAAAUGAAUGAAUAUAUGAGAAGGUAUGAUGUGCCAACAACACCAGAUGGUGUGAAAUACUUGAAGAAUGAUCCUCAAAGACUCGAUGCUUUUAUAAUGGACAAAGCACUGUUAGAUUAUGAAGUCUCAAUUGAUGCUGAUUGCAAGUUAUUAACCGUUGGAAAACCUUUUGCAAUUGAAGGCUAUGGAAUUGGCCUUCUGCAGAACUCCCCACUGACGUCCAACAUUUCUGAAUUAAUUAGCCAAUACAAGUCUGAUGGCUUUAUGGAUAUGCUGCAUGACAAAUGGUAUAAAGUUGUACCGUGUGGUAAAAGGAGUUUUGCUGUGACUGAGACUUUACAAAUGGGUAUCAAGCACUUUUCGGGACUCUUUGUGCUGCUGUGUAUUGGUGUCGCUGGUUCCCUCCUUGCAACAGCUGGCGAGCAUAUAAUCUACAGACUAGUACUUCCUCGGAUCAAAAAGAAACCAAGACUAAAGUAUUGGCUCCAUACAAGCCAGCGUUUUCAUCGAGCUUUAAAUACAUCUUUCAAUGACGAACAAUUUCAACAGAAACUAAACAGACUGCAAAAGAGGUGCAAUGUAGGAAAUAACCAGCAAGCCGUAUGGAAUACAGCUAGUCAUGCAGAUUGGGACAAGCAGAAAUGCAUUUUCAAAGAUAUUCAACAGCCUGACAUUAAUUUGAAACGUUGUCAGGUUGAGGACCAGCCCCCAGUAGUGAAAGAGCUCCCACUUACCGUUAAUUCCAAUGGCAAACCUGAACCGCUUUUGAAAGCCAGGCAUUCAGUUAUUCAUGAACUAACAGAACUGGAGAAACAGAUUCAGCUCAUCAAACAGGAACUGCAGAAAGCAAUGAACAGGAAAAAUGAACUGGAAGAGUAUCAAAGAACAAUCAGGAAUCCAGAAUCAUAA